AAGCCUCCUUUUUUUCCUAUUUGAUUCACACUUUCACACUCUCUAUCACCAAUCCCUUAUAUCCCCCUCCACUCACCACAACAUAACUCGCCACUUCACCAACAAAUUUUCACUCAAUUUCCCACUGUUUCUAACUUUUUCUGAAUGAUUGCUCCAUUUGGCAUCCUUUCUAGAUAUAGCUUCCUCCCCCCACACAUUCUCUUUCAAAGCUUUUAGUUUCUUGCUAUUGCUUCUUCUCAAGAAAUGGAAGAGAGUGCAAAGUGUGAACAAGUUAGUGUCAUUGAUGAGUUGCUGCUAGGGAAGGAGCUAACAAAGAAGCUUUGUGACCAACUAUCCUCAUCUUCAUCAUCCUCUUCCUCUUGUGACACAAAUGAAGUGUUGAUUGAGAAAAUCAUUUCCACCAUGGAGAAGGCACUUGCCAAGGUGAAUUGUAUGGCUAAUGUAGGAGAAAAUAAGGCCAUGAUGGAUUCUCAUUGCUCUUUCACAAAUGGUAGUCCCAAAAGUGAGGUCGUGGAGCCUGAGGUUGAGCACAAACAUGUUUCUAAGAAAAGAAAGACCAUGCCAAGACGGAGAGAGCAAGUGAAGGUGUGCUUGGGAACAGAAGGAAAUAAAGAAGAUGGCUAUAACUGGAGAAAAUAUGGGCAGAAAGACAUUCUUGGAGCCAAGUUUCCAAGGGGAUAUUUCAGAUGCACAUAUAGGAACAUACAAGGAUGUCUGGCCACUAAGCAAGUGCAAAAGUCAGAUGAAGAUCCAAUGAUAUACGAGAUAACAUACAUAGGAAGACACACAUGCACCCAAGCAGCAACAGUGGUGCCCCCAUCAAAAACCAAGGUGAGAAUCCAAGAAAACCAGCACCAAAACAAUGAAAAGAAUCAACCGCAAGAGAAAAUAGAGCAACCCCCAGAGACAAUUUUCUCCUUUGGACCACAAGGUGAAGUUAAAGUAGAGGACUUGGACUUGGAUUUGGACCACAAGCACCAAAUUUUCCCAUCAUUUUGCUUCUCUUCUCCAUCAAUAGGGUCUGAAAACGAGGAAACCAACAACAUAUUCUCGUACUCCAUGAUUGAGAACAACUUGGUGGAAAACUUCUCUCCUUCAUUCAUGUCUCCAACAACUUCAGAAUCAGACAUGUUCUGCCACUGGGAGAGCACUGGACUUGGCCAAAACGUGCAUAACUCAUCUUCAGAUAUCACUGAUAUAGUUUCCACGCCAACUUCAGUCACCUAUUCACCAAUAAUGGACCUUGAUUUCUUCCUUGAUAAGAUCGAUUUCGACAUAGAUUUCCCUAUGAACACCAGAGAACUUUGCAUUUGAUCACAUGUCUCUCAAGUUAACAGCAUAUAUAAUUUAUAUGCGGAUUAACAGCGAGCUUUGUAGAUCCUAACUAGCAUCAUAACCGAGGGAAGAAGACAGUAAAUUUUCCCUCUCAUGCUGGUUAAGAAGAAUUUUCGUGUACAAUGUGAAAAUAAUUUGCAGGUUGUAGCUAUAGUCUUUUGUUGUUUUGUUUCUCUCUUCAGUGGUUGCAUGAUCAAGUAUCUUCUUCUGGUU